UUUCUCCUGCGUUUCUGGAACGUUCCAUUCACACUCGAAACGUCCUGGUUGUCGAUCUCGUUCUAAAAGGACAAUAAUACCCUCCCUGGAUUCCCGUAUUUCCCUCCAAUCCCGCCCAGAUUCCUCCCAACCGUCAAAGAUCCCUCCUCUUCCUCUCUGACCCGGCGUUUCCUUUUGCUUCCAAACCCUAGCUCCGGCUCCAGCUCCAGCACUUGGCUUCUCGAAUGGCAACGUAGCCCUCAAAGGCGUCCAUGGAGGAGGCCCUGGAGGACAUGGGGGAAAGCUCCUCGCCUCCCAAGGGGUUCGGACCCCCUGGGGUCUUUGAUAUCAAGUAUGAUAUCUAUGCGAGGCUGCUGGAGAGUAGGAACGAGGAGGAGUUGUUGAAUUCAGACUUUAGAGAGCAGUUCAUGGCCCAUUUCAAUCGGUUGCCUCCGAGUUAUCUACUGGAUUUGAAUGUUGACAGAGCAGAAGAUGUUCUGUUACAUCAAAAGAUUCUAACUGAAGCCAAAGACCCAGAAAAGCGUCCGGUGUUCCAUGUUCGUUUCAUAAAGCUUGAUGACCUAAAUGUGGAUGUGAGAAAGAACUUGGAGGACAUCGAAGAUGGAAGUUAUCUCACAGAGGCUCUUUCUGUAAGAGCUUGCAGGCAUGAUACCUUUGUCCCAAUUCAUGAGAUAAUAUUUUCUACUGUUGACAAGCCAAAGCUUCUUAGCCAGCUGUCUGCAUUGCUGUCCAAUAUUGGGCUGAACAUCCGUGAAGCUCAUGUUUUUUCUACGACUGACGGCUAUUCCCUGGAUGUCUUUGUUGUUGAUGGAUGGCCUGCUCAGGAUGCAAAUGGUUUGAGCAAGGAGCUUGAGGCUGCUGUUGCUAGAAUUGAGGGGUCUUGGUCUGGCUCAACUCAUUCUUCAGGUGCAGAUAAGAUACUGGCCAUGCAACCAAAAAUUGGUGAUUGGGAAAUUGAUAAAAGAUUGUUAAAAAUGGGAGAGAAAAUUGCCUGUGGAUCUUGUGGAGAUUUGUAUCGUGGGAGUUACUUGGGUUGGGAUGUCGCUAUAAAAGUCUUAAGGUCUGAGCAUUUAGAUGAGGCUUCGGGGGUGGAAUUUGCUCAAGAAGUGAUGAUCUUAAGGGAAGUUCAACACAGGAAUGUAGUUCGUUUUAUUGGUGCAUCCACAAAACCUCCACAGUUCUGCAUAGUUACGGAGUACAUGCGUGGGGGAAGUCUCUAUGACUUGUUGCAUAAGCAUCACAACAUCUUGGAGCUUUCUAUGUUGCUCGAGUUUGCUCUUGAUAUCUGCAAGGGGAUGAACUACUUGCACCAGAAUAAUGUUAUUCACAGAGAUCUGAAGACAGCUAACCUUCUGAUUGAUGAACACCGUGUUGUCAAAGUGGCAGAUUUUGGUGUAGCACGGUUACAGAAUCAAGGAGGGGAUAUGACAGCAGAAACUGGAACAUACAGAUGGAUGGCACCUGAGGUUAUAAAUCAUCAACGAUAUGACCAGAAGGCAGAUGUAUUCAGUUUUGCUGUUGUGCUUUGGGAGCUACUGACAUCAAAGAUUCCAUAUGACACACUGACACCCUUGCAAGCUGCUCUAGGGGUAAGACAGCAGGGAUUGCGUCCUGAACUGCCAGAAAAUACACAUCCAAUACUGUCAGACUUGAUACAAAGAUGUUGGGAGGCAGAUCCUGCAAAACGUCCUUCCUUUGCCGAGAUAAUAGUUGAACUCGAGGAACUCUUGAAGCAGGUUAAGUCACCAGAGGAAACAAGUGAUGAAAGACGAGAAAAUGCCAAUGAUGAUUGACCUAAACAUGAACCAAAGAUAUUCAAUUUUGAUUGAUCGGCGAAGUCUGCAAGCUACCAUUUUUGAGCUGUAACAUAUAACAAUGUAGCUUUCUUUCUUGUUUUUUUGUUUCUUUUUUAAAAGUCAUGUUGCAUUUUACAGUUGCCAGAUAUCAUCAUAAGUAUUAAAGAACAUACUGGAAUGGUUGGAGCUUGAUAACUUGAUUGUGUUAGUUUAAAGGACAGAGUGAGAGUAACCAUGUAAAAGGCAGUUUCUUUGUUUUACCAUUGUAAAAUGUUCCUUGUUGCAUUGUGAGGUUCUCUAUCAGGGGAUGAUGGUAUAGGACACAUGGUUUGGAGAUUUAUGCUUCAAUGUAUUUCACCAUCUUUAAUUCA